UGACGUCAUAGCGUCGCCUCGCUGCAUGUAAACAAAGCGCCGCGGCUGAUUGCGGUUCUGAUGGAGACAAACUGAGAGGAAUCGGAUAGAAAAGUGGAUGAAGUUCGUUCUUUUUGAUCCGGAGCCGAUGGCAGUGUGAUGGCAGUGUGAUGGCAGUGAGAUCAGACUGAACCAGAACCAGCAACAUGUCUAUGGAAGACCCGUUCUUCGUCGUCAAAGGGGAGGUUCAGAAGGCAGUGAACGCAUCUCAGAUGUGUUAUGUUUGUUACAGGGAGGUUCAGAAGGCAGUGAACGCAUCUCAGAUGUGUUAUGUUUGUUACAGGGAGGUUCAGAAGACACUGAACGCCUCACUGAUGUGUUAUGUGUGUUACAGGGAGGUUCAGAAGGCACUGAACGCCUCACUGAUGUGUUAUGUUUGUUACAGGGAGGUUCAGAAGACACUGAACGCCUCUCAGAUGUUGUUUUUCUUAACUGUCCGUGAACGCAUCGUUGAGUCCAACCCAAAGAAGUUCAACCUGGACAUGGCAGAACUGUUGAAGAGGAAAGCCUUCAUCACCAGCACCAGGCAGACGGUCAAGGAAAUGAAAGAACAGAUGUCGAGUCCAGGUGCGUCUUCAGGGGACAGAAAGAACCACCAGGCUCUUCUCGGUGAGCGCGGCCCUUCAGGUCCGAUCUGGCAGCCCGGAGGUAACAAAUACAGCCGUCUGGACAGCCAGCUGCAGAACGCCAACUCUCAGUGCAUCGAGGAGCAGCAGGGCCAGCAGCAGCUGAUUGCAGAGCAGCAGGACGAGCAGCUGGAGCUGGUGUCGGGAACAAUCGGAGUCCUGAAGAACAUGUCGGAGAGGAUCGGCAUGGAGCUGGAUGAGCAGUCUGUGAUGCUGGAUGACUUCACUCAUGAGGUGGACAACACUCACUCCAGACUGGACAAUGUCAUGAAGAAACUGGCUAAGGUGUCGCACAUGACCAGCGAUCGUCGUCAGUGGUGUGCUAUCGGUGUGUUGCUUGGAAUCCUGUUCAUCGUCCUCCUCCUCUUCUUCAUCCUCUGAUUGAUGCCUCCUCCUGUCAGCACUCAUCAAUCUGUCUACUGGACUCUAUCGGACUCCACCAGAGUCAACCUGACUCUACCUGACUCUACUGGACUCUACUGAUCUCUAGAAGACUCCACCAGUCACUACUGGAAUCAAUUGUACCCUUCUGUACCUCUACCAGACCCAAUUUGACUGAACUGGGCUCUCCUGAUCUCUGGAGUCUACCGGACUCUCUCCCACUCCACCUGACAAUCGACUCUGUCGGACUCUAUCGGACUUUACUAGACUCUACAGGCUCCCAUUGGACUCUACUGACUCUACUGAUCUCUAGAAGAUCUCCACCAGACACUACUGGUUUCUAUUGUACCUCUACCAGACCCUAUUU